AUGGGCCGUGACCAGAGCUUCGGCAUGAAAGAGAUGUCUAAGUCGAAUGCGCGUAAGCCUGAGGAGCAAAUUGGCUUGUUGUAUGCAUCUACGGACAAUGACCGAUCGCGAGGCAGCCGCGAGCACCUAGAAGAUGGCUUGGAACCGCGCUGGAACGAUAAACACGAAAUCUCACAACAUCACAAACCUCGGUGGCCGUGGAUCAGACCCAUCACCGUCGUUGUUCUUCUUGUCUGUACAACCAUCAUCCUAGUUCACCGAGGCUUGACAAGUAGCGAGCGCACUCCAUCGCCACCUACUACUGCUAGUCUUGCAAGAUUCCGACCGGAAGAAGACUACAUACUCUCUUCAGUAUGGAACUCCGACGCUCCACCUACGAUCCGGGAGUAUACAUGGAUAGUUUCCGAUCACAUUCUCAAUCCCGACGGUGUAUAUCGGCCUAUGAUACUCAUCAACGGCACUUUUCCUGGACCAUUGAUUGAGUGUAACGAAGGCGACGAGCUUGUUGUCCAUAUCCACAACCAAGCUACAAAUGCUACCUCUAUCCACUGGCAUGGUCUCUACCAGAACGGCACGAACUGGAUGGAUGGAACAGUGGGAGUUACGCAAUGUCCUAUUGCCCCGGGCCACUCGUUUACAUACCGGUUCAACGUGUCGGGGCAAACGGGAACGUAUUGGUACCAUUCGCACGUCAGCAUGCAAGCAUCAGAUGGACUGGUGGGACCUCUUAUCAUACACGCCGGGAACGGAGAAGAGAAAAAAGAACUGCAAAAGGUACCGUAUGAACAGGACCGCGUAGUACUACUAUCGGACUACUACUAUGAUCUUUCUUCCGACCUGCUCAUGCAGUACCUCUCCUCCGACAGCGAGAACGACGAGCCCGUUCCUCCAUCUGCCCUGAUCAAUGGACGAAACAUGCGAAACUGCACCGACUUACCGAACCGAAACUGCUCAUCCUCUGGCAUCAGCAACGCCUUGUUCAACUUAUCUCGUAUGAGCAACACGCGACUUCGCAUCAUCAAUGUUGGAGCUUUCGCAGAGUUCGCUUUUCAAAUAGACGAACACGAGUUUCAGGUUACCGAAGUAGAUGGCACGGAUGUGCACCCACAAUCGAUCCAUCGGUUGAAUAUCAAUCCUGCGCAGCGGUAUAGUAUCAUCCUUACUCCGCCGAAUGAGGAAGUGAGUAAGGAGACGUAUUGGAUGCGUGCAAGGAUGGUGACGCAUUGUUUUGCAUACGAAGAGCCAGAGUUGCAGGAAGAAGUCAGGAGCAUACUGUACUAUCCUACUCGGGAUGGUGAGACGAAGGACCUUAUACCAACGAGCAAGGACUGGCCAGAGAUCAUCGAUGUCGAGUGUCGGGAUCUAAAUACUUCAACCUUGGAGUCCGUCAUCGCAAUACCAGCACCAGAGAUCGACAUCCGACACACCCUUUACCUGCGCUCCUCGUUCCAGAUCCGUGAUUGGAGACUCUCGCGGGGCUAUCUAAACGAUAGUUCUUUCCGCGUAAACGCUACAUGGCCAAUAUUGAACACCAUGCUUUUGACACCGACACCCAACUCGAAUGAUCAUGAGGGCGUACUAGAUACAGCCCCGUUUGAUCCAUUGCAUCAACUCGUUUACCAAACUCAGUCUACACGAACCAUAACAAUCCUGAUACAGAAUCUCGACGAUGGAAACCACCCCUUCCAUCUCCAUGGUUACAAAUUCUUCGUUCUGGCUCAGGGACAUGGGUAUCCACCUUCUUCUCUCCUCGACCCUGGUCAGGUUGGAAAUUAUCUUAAUUUGAGUAAUCCGCUGCGGAGAGACACGGCGAGUGUAGAAGCAUAUGGGUGGCUGCUGAUAUCGUUUGUGGCAGAUAAUCCAGGCCUGUGGGCGUUUCACUGCCAUAUAGGCUGGCAUACUGAGGCUGGGUUGAUGAUGGUAUUUGCUACGAAGACACAAGAAAUGAGGGGAUGGGAGGUAUCCGAAGAGGUUGGUGGGCUGUGUGGGGUGGAAGGAGUGGAAAGAGGAAUGGGACCGGAUGAUGAAAUAUGGGUUGGCAGGAGGGAAGAAGAUAGCAGUGACGAGGUUGAUAGAGUGGCAUAG